AUGGCGCCGCGCGAGGAGAAUGUCUACAUGGCCAAGCUGGCCGAGCAGGCAGAGCGCUACGAGGAGAUGGUGGAGUACAUGGAGAAGGUCUCCGCCUCCCUCGAGGACAAGGAGGAGCUCUCCGUCGAGGAGCGCAACCUCCUCUCCGUCGCCUAUAAGAACGUCAUCGGCGCUCGCCGCGCCUCCUGGCGGAUCAUCUCCUCCAUCGAGCAGAAGGAGGAGUCCCGAGGCAAUGAGGACCACGUCUCCACCAUCAAGGACUACAGAUCUAAGAUCGAGGCCGAGCUCUCCAAAAUCUGUGAGGGAAUCCUCAAGCUGCUCGACGAUCGCCUCAUUCCGUCCGCCGGAAACGGCGAUUCGAAGGUUUUCUAA